UGCAUCACAGAUGCCAUGAGGGUGGGACCAAUAAAUAAAAUGGAAGGCAUAACAGCUGGGAGCAGCACUCCUUUGGCUUUGGAGUGCCUGAAGACAAGUGAGCAGAGAAGGAAAACCAUGAGUACCAUUUCCAAGGAUUCCUUGAAGAUUUCCCUGUUGCAGUUAGAAUGUCAUUUUACGUGGGCUUUGCUGAAGAAGCAUGUAAGUCUUGAGGUCCUAGAGGAAACCAUACUUGAUCAUAUCAAGUUUUUGUCAGAAUAUGAGAUUAGAGAUUAUAAUAUGCUCUCCUAUGUAAACUACCUAAAGAAUUCAAAUGAGAAAGCCCUGGAAAACCUCAAAAAAGCUGAAGAAGCUAUUCAAAAACGUCAUCCAGAUGAAAUUGACUGGAGAAGUCUUGUUACCUGGGGGAACUAUGCCUGGAUCUAUUACCACAUGCAGAGAUAUGAAGAAGCUCAAACUUACGUAAGCAAAGUGGAAAACAGCUGCAAAAAGCUUUCAAGUACUGCUCAUGGGAAGAUUCAGCUUCCAGAGAUCUAUGCUGAGCAAGGAUGGGCAUUAUUGCGUUUUGGGUUUAAUUACUUUGAGAGGGCAAAGAAUUGCUUUGAGGAAGCUAUGAAGAGUGAGCCUGAUAACCCAGAUUUUAAUGCUGGCUAUGCAACAGCCAUGUAUCGCUUGGAAGUUAACUCUCAGUGGUACAGGGGAGAGACAACGCCAUGCCUCGAGGCCCUGAAGCGGGCAGUGGAACUGAAUCCAAAGGACACUUCUUUAGCGGCAUUACUCGCAUUAGUACUUCAGCGAUUACAUCGAGGUCAUGAAGGCGAGAGGUACAUUCAAGAAGGACUGCAGAAAACCCCUGACUUUCCUGUUUUCCUGCGACAUGCUGCUAAUUUCUACAGAAAGAAAGGAGAAGUGGACAAGGCAGUGGAGAUUUUGAAGAAGGCCCUAGCACUGACGCCAAAGUCUGUCGUUCUGCAUCACCAACUAGGACUCUGCUACAAAUUCAAGGCACUUCAAUUGAAAAAGACAAGACACUCACCUCAAGAGGAAAUGGCAAAUUUUAUGCAGCUUGCCAUUUUUCAUUUUAAAACAGUGAUUGACAAAAAGCCAGUAUUUUUUUAUGCCUAUAGUGACCUAGCAAAAGCAUAUGCAAUAAGCAAGAGGUAUGAAGAAGCAGAAGAGAUAUAUCAGAAAGUGCUUCAGAAAAAUGAUAUGGCAUGUGAAGAAAAACAAGAAAUCUACUUGAAUUAUGCCUAUUUUCAGCAGUUUCACAUGAAGUCAGAAUCAAAAGCCAUUAAAUAUUACAUAGAAUGUCUGAAAGUUGAAGCAGAUUCCUAUGCAAGAAAAAAGUGCAGUGAAGCUGUGGAGACAUUAUUGAAACAGAAAAUUGAGAGUGGUUUAGGAGAUGCCACUGAUAUUGGUACACUUGGACUUGUUCAUAACCUAAAUGGUAAGAAACAAGAAGCAAUUGAAUGCUAUGAGAAAGCCAUUGCCUUGGAUCCCAACAAUGAAGAAUAUCUGAAUACGUUAGCUGAGCUACAACUUUCCAUCUCAAGCUAAAGCUCACAAAAAUCCUGUGUACCAAAAAACUGUGUACCCCAAACCAAGGAGGUUUCAACACUAUCAAAACUUUUUUUGUUGUUUGUUUUUCUUUUGAUAAUAUAGAAACUGCGGAUGAUUAUUGAUUUGUGCAUUGACUAACAUAGAGCAUGCUUGGAUAGCUAUAUAAUAUAUAUUUAUAGCUAAUCUAACUUAGUCUUCAAUGCUAACAUGGGUAUAAAUGUUGUAUUUAAGCGAUGGUCUGUAGAACUUCUAUGCUGAAAUCAGGUAUUACCUUCUUCUUAGAAAAAGAUAAGGGAAUCAUAUUGUUGUAUUUUGUCUUUAUACUUGAAGGGCAUGCUUAUACACAAAUAGAAUUUUUUAAGUGUUUCAAAAAUAUCUUUUGUAGAAUAAACUCCUGUUGAAGGCUUGUUCAGUUUACUACCUUGUAUGCUGUUUAAUUAUGAAAAACAAACACUUUUUUGCUAGUCCACUGGAAAGUUUACAAAAUGUGUAUUAUUGUUGUGAGCUAUUAAAGUCUGUUGAAUCUAUAAA